CUAAAGAAAAAAAAGUUUGACAAGUCCAGUGAAAGCAGGUGAAGAAGACCACCCCCAGAAGUGACCGCAGCAGGGACAGCAGAAGUAGGACUUGACGUUAUUGCCGUUGUUAAGUUUAAUCGACGACGGCAAAAUGGAAGGGAUCACGCAGAAAAUUAUGACGGCUUUCAGUCUGGAUCUUGGACCUUUAAAGGAACCUCUGGGUAUGAUGCGUGUUCUAGAGACGAUCUUCUCCAUAUUUGCAUUUGCAACGACAUGCGGCUACUCUGGAGAGACCAGCUUCAUUGUGCAGUGUGCAGGAGAAGCCGCACCACAUGAGGUGAAGGCUGAAUUUGAAUACCCUUUCAGGCUGAUGACCCAUUCAUAUAUUUACCCAACGUGCAACACCAACGCCACGACACCUGCAACAAUUACGGGCUACCUGACUGGGAACUACUCCUCCUCGGCCGAGUUCUUCGUCUGCAUCGGCGUCUUUGCCUUCCUGUACAGCGUGGCCACCCUGGUCAUCUACCUCGGCUACCAGCAGCUCUACAGGGAGACCAGCCGAGGCCCCACCAUAGAUCUGCUGGUGACGGGUGCGUUUGCCUUCCUGUGGCUGGUGUGUUCGUCGGCGUGGGGUAAAGGCCUGACCGACGUCAAGAUGGCCACCAGCCCCACCCUGCUGCCCACCCUGCUGGCCGUCUGCAAGUCCGAGGCCAACAAGUGCACCCCCGGCAGCACACCCCCCAUGGGCCGCCUCAACGCCUCCGUGACCUUUGGCUUCCUCAAUCUCAUUUUGUGGGCCGGAAACUGCUGGUUCGUCUUCAAAGAGACUCCCUUCCAUAAGCCUACUGCGCCCCCUGCUGGUAACCCCGAGGCAGGAGAGCAGCCGCAGCCCUUCCCCGGCCGAUAGAAGGCUGCUGCAAUACAAGUGUUGUUUGCAGAUUUUCAUGUUACAUUAUGGAGAUCGGGUGAAACAUGCAUACAUACAAACAUGCAUACAUACAUACACACAUGCACACAAAAGCUUUUUUUUUGCAAUACCAUAUCCGUUUUGUGUACUGAAUGUCAGACCUGAGAGAUUCAUGAAGAGCAAUGAGACGGGUUUUAUGAAAGUACUCUGUUAAAUUAAAUAGUAAAUCCUAGAAAAGUUUGUUUUUGUUUGUUUGUUUUGAGAUGAGUACAGUACUUGAGGACAUACUCCAGCACACCGAUUUUCCUCAGAUAUUUUGUGUGUUACUUUGCUAAAUUGGUAUAUAUGAAAAGAGUGCGUUUUCUUGUAUGCACAAUGUCCAUUAUCAUCUCACAGACUGUAAAAAUGUUUAAUUUUAACAAUAAACUUUGUUUAGAUCUCAAUUUGUCAAAACACUACACUAAGCCUGUAUGUUGUGUUUGUAGACUAAUACAAGAUUAGAUUAACUGUUCAUAGGUAACAGUUUUAUACUAUGGCCUUAAAUUCAUUUUUUUAUUCAUUAUGUAAUAUGCACUCACUUGUGAAGACAGGCAGUGAGGUGAUAAAUUGGCUUUUUGUUUGUUUGGGUUUUUUGUAUGUUAUUAUUAACAUUGUGCCUGAAGUUUGAGUGGAUUUCUAAUAAAAACACAAAAUCAAACCACUGGCAUUCUGCUUCUCAGCAUUUCAAAGACUGAAAGACUGUUGCAUUGUUCUGUCAACGUGUUUUGUACAAAGUGUGCUGCUGCUGACAAUGUUAUGUAAUAAACAGUGUUGGCACUGCUGCUUCUA